AUGAAUUCUGAAGACCCUCCCGUCCCUCAGGGGAGCCAGAGCCCAAGGUUGGGAAGUCUUCCAACUGAGUUGCUCGAUCAGACAGUGCUAGAAUUGCCUGUUGAGCAUAUGGUCAUGGCCAUGUCCGUGUCUCGCCGCUUCAAGGCAAUCAUUUCCAGCAAUCUGAAUCUCAUGCUCGAUCGUGCUAUGCAGGCCAUCGAGGAGGACCGCUUGAAGGUCAUGCUAACAUUUGCACCACCUGCUUUCGCCCAUAGAUUUGUCAUUUGCAGAAACAUGACAGCCGGUCAGGUGAAUGGAUAUGUCACUACAUACUCCUCUUUCUCCCAGCCAAGCGUUUUUGCACCCAACCAAGGCACUCCGAGAGAUGCAUCUGAAAUAUUGUGCAAAAGCUUCCUCCAGGAGGUCGACAUUCACGACGAGGAGGCAUUCACUCAGCUCAAAGUGUCCAUUCAGAUAGCCUCGACGCCUGGUUCCUCCUGGUUCACAAACCGGACUUUAAUUUUUGACAGUACUAUUCGGCUUCCACGCGAAUGGCUUGAUGGACGAGCUGGUGAGCUUCUCUGGCUAGAUGAUGCAAAGUCAUUUGGCUUGCACGUGCAGUCUCACCCUAAACAAGUACCUGACCCCGUGGAGGGAACUUCGUAUUACGACCUCGAGGUGGAUGCACUACAUAUACAAGCCACCAGAUUCCUUGCCGCCGUUAAAGAAGCAGAGCGUAAAGAGGAAAAAGAAACGCAUCUUACUUUGACGCAUAACUCCCGUUUCAGCUUGGUCUGGUGA